AUGUCUCUCCAGAAAGAAUUGCCCCCCAUUAGAGCAUGUCUCUUUGACAUGGAUGGACUCCUUAUCGACUCUGAAGACAUCUACACGUUCGUCAUAAAUCAAAUUUUGCAUGAAUACGGGAAACCCAAUCUGCCAUGGUCUAUCAAGGCGCAGCUGCAGGGCCGUCCCCAGCCACAGUCCGGCCAAGUGUUUCAGAAAUGGGCCCAGCUACCCAUCUCUCAGGAAGAGCUACAGAAGAAAAUCGCUGCUCUUCAACGGCCCCAGUUCCCAAAGACACAGCCGCUACCUGGUGUUAUGCAGCUCAUUAGCAAUCUAUCCCGCGCCGCAUCGAAUUCCCCCCCGGUACACAUCGCGCUGGCUACCUCUUCUACAACCACAAACUUCAAGCUCAAAACUUCCCACCUCUCAAGUCUAUUCUCUCAGUUCCCUCCAUCCAGGAUCAUUGUGGGAGAUGACCCCAGGAUAGCCCCCGGGCGAGGGAAACCACUCCCUGACAUAUAUCUGCUGGCCCUUAGCAUUAUAAACAAAGAGAUCCAGGCAAAAGGCGAACGCCCAAUCACCCCAGCAGAAUGUCUCGUGUUUGAGGACUCUGUUCCGGGUGUGGAAGCCGGUCGGAGAGCUGGUAUGAGAGUUAUUUGGUGUCCUUACGAAGGGCUGCUUGAAGUAUACAAAAGCCAGGUACCGGAAGUCUUAGCUGGUUUGACGGGAGCCCAUAAAGACCCCGAGGAAAACGGUCACGAUACUCCUGCUACUUCCAAUCCCGGCAAACCUGGUAACCUGAAUGACGGGUGGGGGGACCUAGUACGCACCUUGGAGAACUUCCCGUACGAGAAAUUUGGGAUCAAAAUUGCUUGA